AUGGUGCGUGUAUUGUUAUUCGAGCAAACUUGGCAAUUGAAAACAUUCGACGAGAUAACGACGUUUCCGCGAGAACUCUCUGUCAACCAAAGACAAAGGUUUCAAAGGAGGAAGUUUUCAGCUUAUGGUUAUUGGCUUAAACGCAGUGGGUUAGUGGAGGCAGGUUUCGGUGAUGAUGAAUCAGUGGGUGAUAUUAUCACAGAAGCGGGAAAAUGA